AUGACCAAAUAUACUUUCCAUCUGUUUGGUAUUGAUGAUACCCCAAGUUUGACAUGUCCUGAGUCUGUAUCCUUGUUUUGGAUGCUAAAUAGUCCUUAUUGCAAACAUUUAUACAGGCAGAUUGAAAUUGUUUUUUCCAACAAUACUGAUUUGAGUCCAACAAAUACUCUACCCUUAUUAAUUGUAUCCUCUCCCUCUUCAUCUAAGAAGAAUGAAACUGAGAAACAGGUCUCCAGCUUUUACGCAGGUUUUGCAGAUAUUCUUCAAUAUUUGCUCACAGUUAAGUUAAUCAAAGAUACAAGACACUUUUUAAAUGAUAACCAAGACGUUUCUUUCACUCUGGAUUUCCUCGCUGCUUUGCAAUUUCUGUGUCGUGAUUUUAAGUGUAUGACAUUGUAUCAAUUGUACCUAAACAAAACUAAUUACACUGAAUUUACCAGAAAACAGUUUUCCAAAUUGUUCUAUUGGCCUGCAUGGUAUACAGCUCCCUUAAAAAUACGAUCAAAUGUUCAAUAUAUGUGUGACCAGACUCUACAACUGGAAUGCCUUCCUAUAGAUGACAAUGAAACUGAGGAAGGUCUGGAAAACGGAAAUACUAAUAGUACACAUAACGAUGUGACAGAUUCUCAUUCUUUGCCUCAUGAAGUAGUUAAUUCUCAAUCCUUACGUCUCUCUCUAUCUCAUAAAAAAAAUAAGUUGCAAGAUUUAAAGUCUUGGAAACAUCAUAUUCAAUAUUGCAAUAAAUUGGUAGAAAUGAUUGAUGAUUGGUGUACUUUUGAUACCACUAUAUCGGAUCCUUUACGCAUUUUGGAACUUUAUCUUUUGGCAAACUUGUACAUACAAUUUACGUUACCAAAUGGUGCAAACAUUAUCACACACUUGAAGCAGAGUAAAGGUGAUGAGUGGGUCUCCAAAAUUGACAAUAUGAUCCGUACUUACUCAUCAAUAGAAAACAAAUUAUCAAUAAGAAAACCUUCUUUCACAGAACAAGGAAAUAUGAUCAUGUCCGUAUAUCACAAAUUGAAAUACUAUUCAAAUUACAUAUAA